UACUACUUGGACAAAUACGAUAACGAGGAACUCGAAUACCGGCAUGUCAUGCUGCCCAAGGAUAUAGCCAAGCUGGUCCCUAAAACCCAUUUGAUGUCUGCGUCAGAAUGGGGGAACCUUGGCGUUCAGCAAAGUCAGGGAUGGGUCCCUUAUAUGAUCCAUGAAACAGAACCUCACAUCUUGCUGUUCCGGAAGCCACUGCCCAAGAAGCCAAAGAAAUGA